CCACGUGUAGGCCAGAUACUUGAAAGAAUAUUAGAAAAGCCCUUUAAACUCAAAGCUAAGCCUAAGCUAAGCUACACCGCCGAUUUAUCGGCCAUGUCGCCGGACCUAUAAAGUUUAUCCCGAUUUUAGCCUUUCUCUCUCUAAAAACCCCUCUGCACCAUUUCUCUUUCUCUCUUUGGCGAUUUUUUUUUAAAAAUUAAUAAAAUUGGGUUUAGCUUAAACAUUUUAGCACUUCAGCUCCAUCUCUCUGAAAUAAUAAAGAAGAAAAUAGAGAGAAUCCUAGAUUUUUGGGCCUAGGGCCAUUUGCGUCAUUUCGCGAGAACGGAAGCGAUUAUUAUCAUCGACAAAUAAAGGAGGGAUAGAUAAAAAGGGAAGAUGUACAGAGGAGAGAGAGCGGCCGGUGGCUCUAAGGGAGAGGUGGGAUCGGUGGAUCGGAAGCGUAUCAACGAGACGCUUGAUAAGCAACUGGAGCGAUCAUCGCCGUCCACUUUGAGAGCGAUCAACGGCAAAGAUAAGUCUGCAAACGCCCAUCUCAUGGGGAAGCAUCCACCUGAUCAUCAUCGCGACUCUCGCUCCGCUUCUCUACCUAAAGCAAAGGCCUCCGAAGAUGAAUCUGAAGCAGACAGUGAAGAAUCAGAUGUCAGUGGUUCUGAUGGGGAUGACACAUCUUGGAUUUCGUGGUUUUGCAACCUACGUGGAAAUGAAUUCUUUUGUGAAGUCGAUGAUGACUACAUUCAAGAUGACUUUAACCUUUGUGGGCUAAGCAGUCAAGUUCCUUAUUAUGAUUAUGCACUUGAUUUGAUUUUGGACGUUGAAUCCCAUGGGGAUAUGUUUACAGAAGAGCAAAAUGAAUUAGUUGAAUCUGCGGCAGAGAUGCUUUAUGGUUUGAUUCAUGCUCGAUACAUAUUGACAAGCAAAGGAAUGGCAGCUAUGCUAGACAAGUACAAGAACUAUGAUUUUGGAAGAUGCCCUAGAGUUUACUGCUGCGGACAACCUUGUCUUCCUGUUGGUCAAUCAGAUAUUCCUCGUGCAAGCACCGUAAAAAUAUACUGCCCUAGGUGUGAAGAUAUAUACUACCCUCGGUCCAAGUAUCAAGGCAGUAUCCUUUUCGCCAUUGAAUUUGUCUGCUACUUUUUGUUGCAUGCAUUUGACAUUGAUGGAGCCUAUUUUGGGACCACAUUCCCAAACCUGUUCCUGAUGACACAUGGGCACUUGAAGCCACAAAAGGCAACUCAAAGCUAUGUUCCAAGAGUAUUUGGGUACAAGAUCCACAAGCCAUAAUGCUGGAACUAAAACAUCCUUCAUGACAUUUUGCCUUCUAAUCUGGAAGUAAUGGUUUUGAAAGAUGAGGGAUAGUUGAGUAGUCUUUCAUAAUCAAGUUUACUGUCCUUUUUUGUAUGUUCUAAGAUCUAAAUGGAUUACCACAAGGCUUGUUUACAAAUAGCAAGUGUUUAAUUCUUAAUUCAGAAGAGCCUUUCAUGUGAUUAUAUUCAUUUGAAUUGAUUCUAGGUAGAGUAACCAUUAAUACCGUCCGGCAUCCGUUGUACUUUAUCGAUUGAUUUAUCAGUGUUUUCUCUGUGUAUUUCCUUGUACUUAAAAUGUCUGUUAUAUGGUAUCAGCAUUGACAUAGUGGAACAA